CAUCAAUUCAAUCCAAAUUCCGAGUAAUCUACCAAAGACAUAAUCAACAUGAUAUUUCACGACUUGGAUGUUUAUCCGCUGGAUGAAAACAGCAGCAAUUUCGUAAACACUCAAAAUCCAGUUAGGGCUAGUACUGCGGACAGUGAAAAGCUCUGGCAGCCACUCGCUAAGCCAGACCUUAUUCUCCCAAGCCAUCUUGAUACGAUUCUCGAGGACUACAUGGUAGCAUUUGACGGCGACCAGAUGAAUCCGGGCCUGAUUAGUUCCCGGGUUGAUGCUAUCCUCCUGUCUAUUGUUGCCGCUGCUAAAAGCAAACACCCCGGAGACAGCAGUGGUUUGUAUCCUAAGGAUGAUAUACUUCUGUCUAUUGGAGAGACCUUGACUACACGUGACACAUUUGACACGGAGCAACACUAUUUCAGAUGCCUAUCUGAUGCGACUUUAUGGUACGGCGAGACGAAGGUGUUCGAGGCGAAUCUUAUCGUUCGUAAAACAUCAGGCCCCGUCGACGGAGGCAGCGUGACAAUUCCCGGAGCUCUAUUAAUGAUGCUUUACGGUCGAAGGCUUCUGGAAAUAUUCGAAAAUCCAGAAGUAUUGGACAUUCCGGAAGGAUUGCCCAAUUCGCAAGGAUGUGGCAUGUAUGGGAUUGUUACGGACAGCUACAAGUGGCAUUUUCUAUGGGUGCAUAAUGGCUACCAUUCAGGAGUGAAGUACUUUCAAGCAACAUUUGACUGGACAAAGGAGAAUGAACGCCAGCGCAUUAUAAAUCACGUUCGUGACAUUGUGGACCAUGCAAUCUCCUUGGCCGGUCCCAAGGCUAAGUGUUCAAAUACUGCGAAGUAUACUGCGAGUGUAGUGAUAGGAUGCUUGAUCUGGGAUGAAUAUAGGGUGGAUAAAUCAGCUACUUUUGAUUAUAAUCGGAUCAUCGGGGAAUGUGAUGUGAAUUGUUGAAGCCUCUGCUGGUUAUUGCUAUUGUUUUCCAGGGCAUAUUCUC